AUGGCGGCGGUUGUUGGUGUCUUUGCGAUGCUGUAUUUAUAUCAGCUUUUAUGUCUCGCUACGCCUGUCAUUUCGCCUGUUAAUUUGUCAAACAAACGUCUACCUAUCAAUGAGCACUUGCAUAACAAUUAUUCGAUCAAAUCAUGUGUUUCUACGCUUAAAUCUGCAUCGUUUGCUGUAUAUGAAAUCGCUGCGAAGACCACAAUCAUGCCCGUAAAUUCCAAGCGUAUUACCUCUAAGCGAUGUACGUCCACUUUGGCAUAUUUUCUUUGUAUGUCGCUGCUUUUAACCGGUGGAAAUAUUGAGAGAAACCCUGGACCAGUUCAGCAAGGGCACAAUCUUAAACUUUGUGCAGAGAAGGGCUUGAGAAUUUGUCACUUAAAUAUACGUAGUCUCGUCAACAAGAUCGACGAAAUUAGAGUGUUUUGUGAAACCCACAAACCUCAUGUGUUAUGCUUAAAUGAAACAUGGCUUGAUACGUCUAUUGCCGAUGGAGAAAUACAACUCGAUGGUUAUUCGCAUAUACGAAGAGACAAAACUCGUCAUCAAGGCGGUGUUCUUGUUUACAUUGCAUCAAAUUUAAACUUCAAAGAGCGUGACGAGAUCGGAGACGAAAGCGGUGAGCUUCAAUGUUUAUGGCUUGAGAUUGUACCUCCCAAAAGCAAAGGCUUUCUUAUUUGCUCUUCUUAUCGCCCACCGAAUUCCGACAACGAAAGGACAUAUGUCGAGGGCCUACGAAAUAUGCUUGAUAAUGUGAGUGAUUUACAGAAAGAAGUUAUUCUCAUUGGGGAUUUUAAUUUUGACUUAAAACGGUCUAGAAAAUCGGCGGCGUGUAAGUGCUUUGUUGAUAUGUCUAAGGAAUUCGGUUUAAAGCAAAUUAUCUGUGACUACACUCGUGUAACUCAACACUCAAAAUCAUUGAUUGAUCUCUUUUUAACAUCUCGUCCUGACCUAUACAUAACAGGAGUAAUGCCUGUUGGGUUCAGCGACCACAGUGUAAUAUAUGCG